AUGAGGUUCACCAGCCAGCCAGUGUUGCUGGCUUGCAUCUACCUGUUCGCAAACCUCGCUUCGGCGUCCGUCGUUGGUCAUGCGAGGAGACAAGUGAUCACCACAUCCAACUCUGUGGCCAGGACAAGCCCCGUGCGAACGGAUGCACCCGUACCGACCGCCAAUACCACCAUUGCUCUGCCGAGCACCACCACAACUCUCGCCCCUUCGGCAAGCAGUACAGGUGUCACGUUUAACGACACCAUGUUUAACCUGACGAUUCCCGAAGGACAGCUCCCGCUGGAGCCGAGCCUAACACCUGGCUGGGGUGUGGCGGGAAUCAUAAUGCUCCUAACCGGAGCCGUCUACGCCUUCAUCGGCAUCAAGAUGCAGUCGCUGCACACUUUCUUUUCCACGGCCUACCUGUCCGCACUGAGCACGACUGUCCUCAUCGUCUACGUCAUGACCCCGCCCGUCCCGGACGGGAUCCAGGGCGCCUACGUAGUGGCGGUAGUCCUGACCGGGGCCAUCCUCGGCGGCAUCGCCAUCAUCUUCAAGGAGAUCACCGAGUGCCUGGGUUGUCUCCUGGGCGGCUUCUGCCUAAGCAUGUGGCUGCUCACACUACGUGAGGGCGGCCUGGUGAUCGAUCUGGGAGGCAAGAUCGGCUUCAUCGCCGCUUUCUGCACCGUUACCUUUGGCCUUUACUUUAGCAAGUGGACGAGAACUUAUACCCUUAUUGGGUGCACCUCCUUCUCGGGCGCCACCGCGGUCGUGCUUGGAAUCGAUGCCUUUAGCCGCGCGGGGCUCAAGGAGUUCUGGGCCUACAUUUGGAACCUGAACGAUCGCCUGUUCCCCCUGGGCGCCGUCACAUACCCGCUCACCAAGGGAAUGCGCGUCGAGCUGGCUGCUACCAUCGUCAUCUUCAUUGCUGGCGUGGUGUCUCAGCUCAAGCUGUGGAUCCUGAUCAAGCAGCACCGCGAGAAGCGCGAAACCGAGAAGCUCGAGGCUCGGCGGGAGAUGGACGAGGAGGAGGCCGCUGUGGGGAGGAAAAUCGAGCGUGCCAAUGCUAGGGAGAGGAGGAACUGGGAGGCCAUCUACGGCGAUGGCACCCAGAAGGACGACAACGAAGAAUGCGCACAUGAAAGGUCCUACGUAUCCAUGGAUUCUGGCGUUGCUGUGGGCUCGGUUCCCAGUGUUGAUGGAUCAGGCUCUCCCAAGACGCAGCCGGGCCAGGUCGUUGAGGAGCACAUCGAGAUGGUCACCCUCCAGCCCCCACCCGCCGCGGUGCUGCCAGCUGAGCCGCAAGCACCCAAGACAGCGGCCGAGGCGGUGCUGGCCCACGACAAAGAAUGCGGCGUGUUUACCGUUCAAGUUGGUGUCGAUGAGGAGGAGGAGGAGAUUGUUGCCGCUAUUCCGGAUGCGCAGGUAGACGAGUCUGAUGUUCACCCCGCCCUCCGCAAGCUGCGCAGGGUCGCCAACAGCCUCACGCCCACCGAAGGACCCGUCGUCGUACCGCUGCCCUUCAAGAUCCCGACCGUUGAGGAGCCCGAGAACAAGGACGGCAAUGACGACAGGUCAUCCGUGGCAACCAUGGACGCCGGCGAUGAGGAGACGCGCUCUGUCGCCUUUCCUAGCAAGCGCGGCUCGCUGGCUAAGCGGCUUUCGCAGGGCUCAAUGGACAUCCUCAGGAGCUUCUCUCAGCGGUCCAAGCGGUCGGCUGCCGGCAUUUCCCGCAUGCCGAGCGUCAGCAGGGAGGAGCUUGUCAUGUCGCGUGCCACUGUGCGUAGCUCGGUUGCUGCCACGAUGGACGGCAUGAGCGAGAUUGAGGAUGAUGAGGACGAGGAGCCCCGCGACAGCGCUUCGGCCACCAUCGAAGUUGUCACCGAGCUCGCCGACAAGCCCAGGAAGCGCGACUCCCUGUCGGCUGCCGACGCCCUCGAUGGCCACAAGAAGCACAUCUCAGUGGCCGAGACCGUGUCAACCGACAUCCUGAACAUUCCGUCCGAGGACGAGGUCGAGGAGGAGAGCGGCGACGCUGCCGCUGCCGCUGCCGCUGCCGCUGCCGCUGCCGCUGCCACCGCUGCCACCGCUGCCACCGCUGCCACCGCGGAGAAGGCGAGCCUUACCAGCGAGCGUCUGCCCAAGGCCAUGUCCAAGAUCGCCAUGUCCUACCGCACCAACGAGUGGGCCAAGCACCUCAGCAUGGCCGAGGUCCCGCAGCCCGACGAGCUGCAUAUUGCUGAGGCCACAAAGCCCGAGACUGCGACGGUCGGUUCCGUGGCCAAGGAAGCUGCCGUCCCCGUCAAGGUUGAGGAGCUGCAGCGGACCGCCGAGAAUGGUGCUCCCGAGCCCGCGCCCGCCAGGCCGGCCUCGACCGUCGUCCGCCACUCCGUGUCCCAGGACAUCCCGGUCUGGCACAGUGGCACGGCCGCCAACAGGGCUCCGUCCCACAGCAUCUCGGCGGCCAUCUACCCGAUCACCCCGGAUCAUGUUGCCCCUGCAUCCACUCGCACUUCCAUCUCUGGUUCUCAGCCUGGCCUCGCGCGGACCGUCUCCAUCUCGUCGUCGAUGAGCCGCUACGCUCCGGUCCCCGGUGUGGUCUCAUACUCGAGCCCGCAGACACUGAUUGGCCAGCGCGACACGCUGCUGCGCCAGAAGUCCAACCCUGGCUUCCCCGGCGUCAUGCCUGAGCCUAGCUCCGUCUACAUGCACGACAGCGCAGUGCACUCGCCUUACGUGGUGGUGCCCCCGGCGCCGGUCGAGACGGCCGACGACCUUCCCCUCAGCCAGCGCCGCCAGCUCAUCAUGCGCCACAACAGCCAGCUCAGCAUGGGCUCGCACGCCGACCAUGUGUCGCUCUACGGCCAGGCCCCGAGCCGGGCGCCCAGCGUGACGGGCAGCUACUACGGCAGCGUCGGCAUGCCCCAGCAGCCCACGACAAUCAUGGGCGCCGUGACGACCACGACGACGGUCCCGUUCAACUCGCACCAGCCCCAGCGCGACCGCAGCUCGCACAUCCAGUCGGCCGAGGCCCGCGCCGCGCAGAUGGCGUCGUUCCGCAGCUCGGUCGCCGCCGACCUGCGCGCGUCGGCCGCCGCCACCGCCAAGAGCGCCGCCCAGGGCAGCAUGAUGGACCUGCAGCGCAACGCCAUGCUCAGCCAGAAGGAGGCCGAGGGCCAGCGCCGCGAGGCCGAGCGGCUCGAGAGGGAGCGCUCCGGCCGCGCCUUUGACGAGAUGAUGCGCCGCAGCGACAUGCUCGACGUCCAUCGCGACGCCAUGCGGAGGAUGCAGGCGGGUGCUCGCAACUCCUGA